AUGCAAUUAACGUUCUAUGCUUUUUCUUACCUUCAUCUCAUAUUUACUCUACAGGUCAAAAUAAUACUUUUUACAAUAAUUGUCUGUAAAAAAUAUUACAGUUUUACAACGGUAUUCCCCUAUCAUCAAAGAGUAUUCCAAUGUCGAGAUGUAUUUUUGUAUAGGCCAAACUUUGGUCCAGAAGACUUCAAUGUCUAUGUAUCUUAUGGACUUCUGUAUACACUUGGAUUCACAUUACCGCCUCUAAUAUUUAUUGGUGAAGUAAUGUUUUGGUUAUUUUCUACAAAACCAAGAAAAGUAAUUUACGCCAGUUGUGGUGAAUGCAAAGUUCAUUUGUUUACCCGGCGUCUAAUGCGUUUCAUUGCUGUAUUUAUGUUUGGUGCGCUUAUAACACAAAUAUUUGUUUAUACGAUCAAAUUCAUGACUGGUUACCAUCGGCCAUAUUUUUUGUCGCUUUGUAAACCAAAUAUGAGAAUGAAGCAGAAAAAUUUUAGUGCAUGCACUGCACCAUUAGAGCAGUCCCCAUCACCAUCGCCAAUAUUGGCUUGUUUGUAUCGAAAUCCAUAUGAUCUACGUUAUGCUUCUUUAUCAUUCCCGUCACUUCACGCUGCAUUCUCAUCUUUUUCGUGUAUCUUUGCUUCAUGUUAUAUUUACUAUAUGAUCAGCGUGCGUGGUGCACCACUUUUGAGACCAUUUUUGAUAUUCGGCUUCCUAGGUCUCACGAUCGUUGCUUCAUUUUCGCGGAUAAAUGGUUAUAAGAAUCACUGGAGAGAUGUUUGGGUUGGAUGGCUAAUCGUGUACUCUACUUUUUUCAAUUCUCCUACUAUGUUCAGAAAAUUUUUGAAUUGUUUUGGCGCACUGAAAAAGUGUCACUGUGUACUCUGUUUUCAAGAACACUAUCAUUUUGAAACGGAAAAACCAAUGAUAUUGGAAGAACGUGUGAGCCCAUUUUUUCAGUGGUUUCGAUUACCACGCAUACGUGCGCCUUCUUUAAAAGAAGAAUACACAGUUUAUGAAGAAGAUUUGCCGCAUACAACAGCAAACCAAACGCCAUCUGCUGCACGUCAUCGUCGAAAUCAAGAUCGCACUUAUGAAGUCACUACAACAACCGAAAGUUUUCAUCGCACCAUUUCUCCUCCACAACAACAGCAACAAAAUGGUUUUAGUGGUUACUGAGU